AUCUUCUUCGCUGGUUGGUGAUUUAUUCUUAGUCAAUUUUUUUUUUCUAAAAAAAGACAAUUAAUUUAAUUAAUUUGCAAUCAAUUGACUUUUUCUUAUUUUAAUCUUUGUUUGGUGAUUAUAACCUGUUUCUUGUUAAAAGCUUUCCCUUUAAUUGUAAACAAAAGGAAACCAUUUUUUUUUGUCUUUUUUUAAACAACAAAAAUAUGAGUGUUAGUGUGAGUCAGGAUCACCAACAACAGCAAGGAUCACCAAAGGCUUCAGUUCAACAACAACAACAAUCACUUUCCUCUGGAGCUUCUGGAUCAAUUCAACCAGGGGAAUCUCUAUCACCACCAACAUCUUCAUCAGCUAAUUCAUCUACAUCAUCAACAUCAUCUUCAUCCUCUUCUUUAGGUGGAUCGCCGCAAGUCUCUUUCUGCUCAUCGCAGCUUCAAUCAUCUUCAAACCAACAACAACAACAACAACAACAACAGUUACAACAGCAACAGCAUCAACAUCAACAACAUCAACAACACCAACACCACCACCAACAACAGCAGCAGCAACAACAACACCAAUCUCAUAAUUAUACAAGACAACAACAUCAACAACAAUCUUUGUCUGGGUCUGAUCUCGCUGGAGGAUCAUCUUCUAGUCUAUUCAAGUCUUAUCCCAGUUUAGCCUGGAACGGGAUGCAGUGGGAUAAGUCAUAUAAUACCGGUAAUACCGUAGCUAAUCAAUGGUCAUCACGUAGCAAUCAAUGGUCUCCUCGUUCUAGUCAAGGUCUUGGUAACUCUAACCCAUGGAGUAGUAUGAGUAAUCCUUCUGGAGGACACUCGAAGAAACCAGUGCCGGAUCGGUCUAUGGCCGGGGCGAUGGGCAACCCUCUAGAUAACCUACGUUAUCCUUUAGAGCAACAGCUUCUUGAGAUAAUGCGCAAUGCUUCUGGUGACAAAGCUACUCCUUUCUCUGGUUAUGAUGAUUUCGUUGGUUCGAGGAAAGUUUUCAGAGCACGGAAUCUUGGUCGACGACGAGGAAAAUCACCUUUCUUCACUGGUCUUGAUGCCGAUAAUCAUUCACUACUUGAUUCAGGUUCUGUUGGUGCAGAAGCAGGUGAACGAUUCUCAAGGAAAGUGUUUGUUGGUGGUUUACCUCCAGAUAUUGAUGAAGAAGAGAUCACCGCUAGUUUCCGUCGAUUUGGUCCUUUGGUCGUUGAUUGGCCACAUAAAGCAGAAAGUAAAUCAUACUUUCCACCGAAAGGUUAUGCUUUCCUUUUAUUUCAAGACGAGUCAUCUGUUCAAGCUUUGAUUGAUGCUUGUAUUAAUGAGGAUGAUAAACUUUACCUUUGUGUAUCAAGUCCCACCAUUAAAGAUAAACCGGUGCAAAUACGACCUUGGAGAUUGAGUGAUGCCGAUUUUGUGUUAGACGCAUCAAUGCCUUUGGAUCCAAGGAAAACAGUCUUUGUUGGAGGUGUUCCACGUCCUUUGAAAGCCGUUGAACUUGCUAUGAUUAUGGAUCGACUCUAUGGUGGUGUUUGUUACGCUGGAAUUGAUACUGAUCCUGAAUUGAAAUAUCCAAAAGGAGCAGGUCGGGUAGCUUUCUCGAACCAGCAGAGCUACAUUGCUGCAAUAAGCGCUCGUUUUGUUCAACUGCAACAUGGUGACAUUGAGAAAAGGGUUGAGGUUAAACCCUAUGUUCUAGAUGAUCAGAUAUGUGAUGAAUGUCAAGGAGCUCGUUGUGGUGGUAAAUUUGCCCCCUUCUUUUGCGCCAAUGUAACUUGUCUACAAUAUUAUUGUGAACACUGUUGGACAACUAUUCAUUCACGUCAAGGCCGAGAAUUUCAUAAACCGCUAGUCAAAGAAGGUGCAGAUCGACCCCGUGCAAUACCAUUUCGAUGGUGUUAAAUUAACGCAAAUUUAGGUUGACAAAUUUAAAUUGGAUUUAAAUUGAAUGCAUCAUCACUAUUAUUAUAUUAAUUGCUGCAAACAUGAAGAAAAAUUUAACUAAAAGAUUAAUGUGCAUUUUGGGAAAACAAAAAGAUGAAGUUAAAACCUUUCAAAUGAAACCAAAUCAAAAAAGAAAGAAGACAAAAUAAGCGAAUAAUUAAACCACAAUUAACCCCAAGAUUUAUUAUAAAUAUACCAACGUGAUGAGGUGGGAAAGAUUAUCCACCGGUGAGAAUGAAAAAAAACCCCACGACCACCCACUGGAGAGCCCAUAACUUUUAAUUUGAACCAAUUGAACAGCAUAAAAAUUGUUUUUAAUUCACAUCAACGUAUUUAUCGUUUUAAUCAACAAUUUACAUCUUUAAUAUGACCUCCAACCCCACAACUACUGGCUACCAAUUACUACGUCAACUACUCCCACUAAUACAUCUACACUAUGCUAUUAUUUUGAUUACUACAUCUUGAACUAUCUCACACCUUUACCUAUUAUUAUAAUCUUCAUCUUCAUCAUCUUUAGCUGAAGAUCCAACAUCUCACCACAACUAAAUAACGCUAAAGGAGCUUUUGACCUAGGAUACAAAAAAUACACGAAAAAGACAAAAAAAAGUUGUUAGUUUUUUUUUGUUUUCGAUCCCUUCUAAAGUUUGUCCAUUAUGAUGACACCGUUUGGUUUUUUUUUGAUAACUACACAAAACCAACAUCACAACCACGAUAAAAAACUACCCUAAGCCAAAACCAAAACUUUUUUAAACAUUUUAUGCUCUUCUCACUUCCUCUUCUUGCCUUGUGAUUCCUUUUACCACUAACACAUAACCAACUCUCUCGCCCUUUGUCCUCAAGUUCAAUCCUUUCUUUAUAUUCCUCCCUAUUCAUCUCAUGAUGAUAAUCACCUUUUCUCUCUCUCUCUCUCUCUCUCUCUCUCUCUCUCUCUCUCUCUAUCAUCAUCAUCCU